AUGAUGGGCUCCACGGACGUGUGGCCGUGCACAGCAGCGCGCACCAACCUCAACUCCACGGGCGGGUACACGAAUCACGGCGGCACACACGAGCCCGAGGCAUCACUUCUGCUACAGAGGCCCGGCCGCCACGCCAGGGAGCACUUCCAUGAGCGCAAUGGCGCCCUCGAGGGCCCUGAGGUGGAGGAAGAGGAACAAAAGGAAACCGGUGAAAGUAGGACGACAGUGCAGGAGGAGGAGACGGAAGCACGGUCGAGGAUGGCCGUAUUCGACCACGUGCCGCGUACGUUUCCUUCGAGCCCUGGUUCAAGAAGGAGAGCGCGGCACCCCCCUUAG